ACAAGGGUCGCAAUUGGCUGCAGCCGCCGGCUUUUUCACGUUUACGUGCGCACUGCGUUCGGAGUGCGCGACUGUGACCGAGGAGCACGAGCCUUUUCCUCGGACGUCUCUUCAGGGAGGGGGGGGGGCUGAAGGAGACGCGGAGGAGAUAGGCGCCCGUGCGUAAGAGCCACCGACCACAGUCUCGGGAGUCCAGUCGGGCGGCGCAUUUAGGGGGUUUGGAGCAGCAGCGUGAUUGGAUCGGUUUCUGCCAAAUGCCAGAAGUGGCGGGUCCCGCUUCGGUUCUGAAGUCAGAGAUGAUGUUCCAAGCAGAGUCCGAUCACAUGUCUCCAGUAGAACCCAAGUCUCCACCCCUGGACCUGAUCGACACCGGGAAAGGGCUGAAGGUCCAGACGGCUACGCCUCAUCUGGUCAGUCUGGGCAGUGGGAGGCUGAGCGUGGCCAUUACCCUGCUGCCCCUGAAAGAAGGAGUGACCCGCAUAGGCCGAGAAGAUGCGCCCAUUCCCCAAGACAUCACUAUCCAGGGGCCUGGAAUAGAAGCAGAGCAUUGCCUCAUCAUAAAUGAAGGAGGAGUGGUGACCCUGGACCCAUGUGGUCACCUGUGCAGUCUGGAUGGAGUCCAGGUCACUGUGCCCACACCACUCACCCAGGGUUAUUCACUGUGUCUGGGUAAAUCCUACUUCUUCCGGUUUAACCAUCCAGCAGAAGCGAGCAGAAUGAAGAGCAUGAUUCCACAGAAGAGCCCCGUGUCCGCUUUGGCCUACAACACAGACUACCUGAAGUUUAGCAGUGACUACAGCCAUUCAGUGGUGGGUGGUACCAGCAGUGCUAGGGGCAUGCGAUCAGCCUCUGAGCUCCGAGAAUUGAUGGACACCCUGCAACGCAAGAAAAUUGCCCUGGAGAACAGCCUGAGAGCCAACGGGAACGCUAACCCCUCCUACUUCAGUGUGACAGAGUCACCUCCCACCACACCUAUCACGAGUCCUACCACAUCCUCAUCAGCCUAUCAAGAACAGGCAAGGCGAUUUUAUGGCAAACCUGCUCCUGGGCGGCGAUCUGACCCCUCUACCCGCACCUCAGUUGGUCGCAGCCAGGACAGCUUUGGUGAUGGCCGGCGGCUAAACAUUCAGGGCUCCUCUCCGCUGCUGUCCACGUGGAACGGCGGAGGCUCUUCAACCUCGGUUGCAGGUAGUGACAGCUUUCUCCUCUCCCUUCCUCCCUCGUCGUCUCGCAUCCCAUCGACCGGCGGCACCACCAGCAUGCCCUCAAGCCCCCGUCUUGGACGGCGCAGCUUUGGAAUCCAAGAGACAUCGCAGAGCAGCCGAACCAGGAAAUACUCCGCAGGCUCGCUGAGCGGGGUGAUGGCAGCGGCACAGAGCCGCUCGCUGCCACGCCUCUGUCCGUCCCCAUCACCCCGGGAUAACAAUGGAGGGCUAACCUUGUCAACGCUGCCCCCACGGAAAACCGACACUGCUGGGAGUUACAAAUUUAGCAAAGACUAUAACAUCAACAACAGCCAGGGUACCAGUCCUGAACUCAACCACAUCUCGAGUAGUGCCAGGCAGCAAACCUCAAGGACUGUAAGCCAGAACACAACUGAGGUGGAAAGUGUUGUUUCUAUCUCCCUCUCUUCCCCUAAAAACAUGACCUCAGUCUCCUCAACAAUCACCCCCCCAGAUGUGACUAUUCCAGCUAGAGCCGAGGGCUCCUCAUCACCCCGCGUGGCAAAAAAACUCAGCUUGACCUCCACCAGCUCAGUUGGCUCGAUCAGCUCUGCGAGCUCCAGCCCUCCAGCCACAGAGCGAGGGGUCAGCCAUGGGCUAGCGGGGUUGGAGCCGUCUGGGGCAGAGAGGGAGAGACAAGGUGUAAACGUGGAACUCAGUGGUACCUCAGGAGAAAGAUCUUCCUUUGGGAAAGCAGGCGUGGAACCUGGGUUUGGCUUGGGUGAGAGAAGGCAGUCAUUUGGAAAGGCAGGGGUGACACCACCAGGGGGGUUCAGGGAACGAAGGGGCAGCAUUAGCUCACUGAGUGGGAAAGAGGAACUGACAGACUACCACCAGCGCCAAAAGGAGGAGAGACUUCGUGAGCAGGAGGUGGAAAGACUGGAGCGACAGCGCCUAGAAACGAUCUUAUCUCUGUGCUCAGAGCUGGGCAAGGCUGAGCGGGAUGGAGGUGCCAUGACUACUAGUCCCGCCUCAGCCGUGGCAGACUUGCAGAAGAUCAACCAAGAACUUGAGAAGCUCCAAGUGAAUGACGAUGAUGAUGACUUGACCUCUGUCUUUUCGGACUCGUUGACCAUUGAAACAACAGGGAAUGGACACAUAACCUCCCCUGGGUCCGAGAACGGGUACUAUGACGAUGACCUACAGGUACAACAGAGGUACAGAAGUGGACAUAAAGACAGCAGGGCAGAAUCACCUGCCAUUAGUCUGGGAGGCUUUGCACCUUCACCUUCUGCUCGUGCACAGAGGACUAAAGAGGCUCUAGAUGAUGCAUCUUGUCAGCAAGGACAGAAUGUAAGGCCUUCUGAGGAAGAAGUAAGAUGUGUUGAGGAGGAGAGGAUCCAGGUGCUGAACAACAUGGAGGAGCUAGAGCGGAAAAUCAAAGACCUGGACAAUCAAAUAGAAGAAUCUGCCCAAGAGGUGGAGGUUGAGCGAGCUCUGGUGGAGGCUGAGCAGGAGUCAGAGGUGGCUGCUCUCCAGCAGGAAAAGGAUGCUCUGGAAGCUCUUCACAGCAAAAUUGCUGACCUGGAGACAAAGUCCCAACAAGAAAAGGAAAAGGCGAGUGAGUUGCUGCAGGCAGAGAGGGACAGAGUAGAGAGGUUGGCUCAGAUUGUGUGUGAGCAGCGCUCCCAGCUGGACAGCUGCCCUGAGGCCACCAAGGAGCCCCUGCAGGAGCAGCUAGCCAGGGAUUGUGAGACGCUUGAGACAGAGACAAAGCGUUUUGAGGACCUGGAGUUUCAGCAGCUGGAAAAGGAGAGCAGGCUGGAUGAGGAGAAAGAGACUUAUACACAGCAGCUUCUCCGGGAUAUCGCUGAUUAUCAGCGAAGCAUGGUCACACGAAAGGAGCGAGUCCUAACUCUGAAGAAGCAGGCAGCACAGAUUACCCAGCAGGCACAGCGAGAGAAGGAGAGCUUUUUGAAAGAGAGGACCAACCUUGAGUUGAUGCUGCAAAGGGAGAAAGAAAACCUCGCCUCACUGGAAAAGAAGUACGCUGACCUCACCGGUGGCCGGGCUUUCACUCUAAGAGAGGGCACAGCCUCUCUGGCUGAUGUGUGUCAGUCUUUAAGUGAUCAUUGCCAUGACACCACUUCUGCCGCCUUCAGUCCUUCAGUCAACCUGUGUACCCUCUCGUACUUGAUUUCCUCUAUUUUCCUCAAGAACGUUGAGGGCUAUGUCACAGUCAGUGAAAUCAAUGAGCUUUACUCACAGCUUGGGGGGGACCCUAAACUUCUCCCCACUCUGGCCAAUGCCUCUCCCGAGUCCAAGGCCAAUUCCUCCCCUGAAGAUGACACCCCCAAUCUACCAGUGGAUGAGCUCUGUUACUCCUCCUGUCCUGGCGUUUGCCACUUUUCUUCUUCCUCCUCUCCCUCCUCCAAUCUAAAGCCUCGUCCCCUCCCCAAAACGCCCUCUGUGCAUUGGCCAGAGAACAUGGUGUCAUAUCGAUACCCCUCCCCCAUACCUGACUCUCCCCCACCUCCCCUCCCUGUCAAAAAACACCACCAUCGACACAGGCAGCAUUUCCGAUUGUUGGAGGAAAGGAAGAGGUCUGACAGAGAAUUUGGGUCCCAUGUCAGUGACACAUUACCCAGGAAGAAAACCGCUCCUAUUAUGACACCCCAGUUCACAUGUGCAACACUUGGACGCAGCUUCCCCACCAAGGCCCACCAGCCCCUGGUACAGAGCACAAGUUGUGGCAGCAUUCUGCCAAGAAUGUUCUCCUUAUCCAACAAGGAAACAGAUUCUCGCCGUCCACAUAAAGGUCAAUCCACACCCCGAGCAUCUUCCCAAACAAACAUUUACCUCGAUGCGUUUGGGUAUCGUGACAACCAGGCCUUCGACACAAUGAGUCUGGAUAGUACCGACUCUAUUGAAACCAGCAUCUCAGCCUGCUCACCAGACAACAUCUCCAGUGCAAGCACGUCCAACGUGGCCAAGCUGGAGGAGAUGGAACGUCUGCUGAGAGAGGCCCAGGCCGAGAAGAACCGCCUGCUUGAGUACAAGGAACAAGAGAUGGAAAUGCGAAAGCAGGCGCUCGAUGAGGAGAGGAGGAGGAGGGAGGAGCUGGAGAAGAAGCUACAGGAUGAGACGAGCAGACGGCAGAAACUCAUCGACCGGGAGGUGAAACUGCGAGAGAAACAGAGGGCACAGUCCCGGCCGCUGACACGGUACCUUCCAGUGAGGAAGGACGACUUCGACCUGCGGGCUCACAUUGAGUCAGCAGGCCACAACACAGACACGUGCUUCCACUUGUCCAUCUCUGAGAAAACGUGUCGAGGCUACUUGAUCAAGAUGGGAGGCAAAAUCAAGACGUGGAAGAAACGCUGGUUUGUCUUUGACCGCAACAGACGCACUCUGUCUUACUAUGCAGACAAGCAUGAAGCCAAGCUGAAAGGAGUCAUUUACUUCCAAGCAAUUGAGGAAGUAUAUUAUGAUCAUUUGAAGAACGCGCACAAGAGUCCAAACCCCUCGCUGACCUUCAGUGUAAAAACUCAUGACCGCGUCUACUACAUGGUCGCUCCGUCCCCUGAGGCCAUGAGGAUCUGGAUGGACGUGAUCGUCACAGGCGCAGAGGGAUACACCCAGUUCAUGGUGUAGCAAAGGGAUGACGGCAGCACGCUACAACACACCUCUUCUGUGGUGUUCUAUUUUUGUAUUUGUUGGACUUUGAAAUCGUCCAUAAUAACUUUCAGGAGAAAUGAACUAUGCUAGUGUUCAACACAGUGCCUUAUGUUGGGUUCAGUUAUGCCCUAAGAGAUUAAAAUGUGUCAUGGACGAACACACAACAUUUCUCCUUCACUUGUUUGUUAGAUUGUUUGAUGUAUGAUAUAAUCCUUAUUAGACCAGUUCAUACUUAACAACCGAUACACGUGAAUAUAGUAGAAUAUGAUGAGCUGUUCAUUGUUGAUUUAGGUUCAUAAACUAUUAUCGUGGCUUACUCAGGAAUCACAUGAGCAUGUUUGAAGAUAUAAACAUUUGUGCUAAAGAAGUGCUUUUUGUGUCUGUCCUGAACUUCAGACGUAGCUCCAAGGUGCUAUUUUUCCACGGUGAAUGACUAAUAUAAGGUCACGCCUUUUAUACAUUUGUGGUGUAACUAUAUAGUCAACAUGAGGAUUAGCAGUCACUUGUUGAAUGAAUUAGUAAUCAUCAGAGAGUAAUUCUAUACUUAAAACGUUUUUUGGUGUCAGGUGAUUUCUUUUUUAACAAUAAUAACUCUUUAUAUGCUAUAAAUUGUCAUAUUUGUACAUUUUGUUGUAGUUAUUGUUGUCUCAUGAUCCAUUAUCAUCGUGUAUCUAUUCUUCUUUGUGCCUUUUAUCAUAUUUGGCAGGAUUUUGACAUGUAUGUUUCCUGUAUUUCAAGGACUAUAUGUAUUGAUAUGCAAAGUGCCAAUGGAGAAAUUUGGCAUAAACAUAACUUUGUAGGAUGAAGUUGCCUUUUGAAGCUGGCUCUAUGGUACAUGUACACAGAUCAGAGGUGUAGUAUUGAAGCCUCACUGAGUGUGUGCUGCUUUGGUCCAUUAGCUUUCAUUACAUUGCUUUUAUUACCACUAGUUUGUGUUUUCACCUAAAGGAGCUUUACAUUGUUUGCUUCCCAAGUAUUUCCUGUUGUAUUUAUGACUGUACCAAUGCAUGUAACUAUUUUUUUAUAUUUCUGCAAAAAUAAACAAAACAUCUAUUUUGUGCAA